UGUACACCAGCUGAUCGGGAAACAAAGUCGUCUUGUCGUUUUUCUAGUAUUGUGAGGAUCUGGAAGCUCGGCAGCAGUCCGGCUCACCUCAGGACCAGAACGCGCUACUGGCUUCGCGGGGAAACUGCAGCGCGUGCAGCUGACACGUGAGCUUUUUGGAGGCCUGUUUGUUUUGGUUUAUACAUCACUAAGGCCUACCUGCUGCUAAGCUAACAGCUAGCUGUCACAGCUAGCAGGGUUGAUGCUUUAGAGACUGCGGGUCACAGAACAAACGAUGAAGCAGUGACGUAUGUACAGUGAGUGUAUGAAGCUGAUAUCCUCCAUGCUUUACACUGUCUGUCUGUCAGUCAGUCUGUCAGUCUGUCCACUCAUCACAUCCACCGCCUGAGAGACAAGCCUUCAGCCAGCAGCGCUUUACUCCACUUACAAGAUGUGGUUGAAACUGUUCUUCUUGCUGCUGUAUUUCAUACUGUUAUUCAUGGUAGCCAGGAUCUUUGAAGCGGUGGUUUGGUAUGAGACUGGUAUGUUUGCUACUCAGCUUGUGGAUCCAGUUACUCUCAGUUAUAAGAAGUUGAAGACCAUCCUGGAGUGUCGGGGGCUGGGAUACUCUGGACUGGCUCAGAAGAAGGAUGUGAGCGAGCUGGUAGAGAAAUCAGGAGAGCUGACACAGGGGGAGCUGUACUCAGCCAUCAAGAAGGAGAAGGAACAGACAGAGGCAGGAGACGGCAGCACCACACACUUCAGUGCAGAGAUGCACUUCUAUGAAUUAGUGGAGGAUACUAAAGAUGGGAUCUGGUUGGUUCAGGUCAUUGCUCAGGACCGAGAAGCUCUGCUCAGUCAGUCCAACUGGGGGAAGAUGGUGCAGAAAGUGUCUCAGUUUGGAAUCAGAACAGGAACGUUUAACUGCUCUAAUGACUACAGGUCAUGUAUCAAGCGUGGCUGGCAGCGCUCCACUCUCAUCAUGUCUGUUCCUCAGACUUCAGCGUCAAAGGGCAAAGUCAUGCUCAAAGAAUACAAUGGCCGUCGCAUCGAAACGGAGCACAUCUUCCGCUGGAUGACUUCACACGUGGCUCAUCGCAUCAAAACUCUGCAUCACUCUGAGCAGCUGGUGGAGGAGUGGCGCUCUGAUCCAUCCCACCCAGUCAAGAUGUUUCUGUUCGCCCGUCUGUCCCAGCCGCCUGCCUUCUUCUCCUCACUCUCCGUCAAAUUCACGGGCAGGAUCGAGUUCAUCUUUGUCGAUAUACGGCACUGGGACAACCACAGCAGCCUGGCAGAAAUCGGUGUGACACAGAGCCCCGCUUACAUCCUCAAGAUGCCUGAAGGCAUUUAUCACUAUGGCAACAGUACGGGGGAGUUCCUGUCCCUGGCUGCCAUGGAUACCUUCCUGCGGUCAGUCCAGCCAGAGGUUAAUGACCUGUUUGUCCUCAGUCUGGUCCUGAUCAACCUGCUGGCCUGGAUGGACCUCUUCAUAACACAGGGGGCAACAGUCAAACGAUUUGUAGUUCUGAUCCGAACACUUGGAACCUACAACUCCAUACUGCUGGUGUCCUGGCUUCCUGUUCUGGCUCUCCUCCAGCUACCCUAUCUGGACAGUCUGUACGGUUACAGUCUGAAGCUGCUUCGCUAUGCUGACACCACCACACUAGCCAGCCUGGUGAGAGCUGACUGGACCUUCUACUCGUCCCACCCGGCUCUCUUCCUGUCUACCUACCUGGCUCACGGCCUGCUGAUCGACUAUUUUGAGAAGAAACGCCGCUGUGGCAUCAGAAGCCAAGAAGACAGCACCACCAACCUGGAGUGGCUGGCCAGUCUAUGGGACUGGUACACUUCCUAUCUGCUUCAUCCAAUCGCAUCAUUGCAGCAGGUCCCGUCUGACCAAUCAGACUGGGAGGAUGAUCCCAACUUUUUCUUUGAGCGCUUGGCUUUUCCUGAUCUCUGGCUUCGUCCUUUAGUAAACAUGGACUACAUUAAAGACUUGCCCACCUGGAGGUUCAGAGCUGUUGGUCAGCACAGAGGGGAGGGGUCCGGUGGGGAGCUGGAAGAAACAGAUAGUUCACACUCAGACACAGAGAGCAUGGAGCAGAGUGGUGGCCCCCCUGUGAGUCCCAGCAAACCUCCACAUAGCAGCAGAAACCACAAGCAAUCAUCAUCCAGUCAGGACAGCAACACACUCUCUGUGUGCAACAUGGACCCCAGCAUUGACAGCAGCUGUCACUGUGCAUCAUCCCUCUGCUGUUGUCAUGGGAACGUAGGCUUACCAUCAGCUGACAGACCACCAGAAGGUAUCUCCAAUCAUCAGCACUGCGAUUGGUCAGUGUGGCCGUGUGACAUGCUGCGGUGCUCAGAGUGUGUGGUGUGUCUGGAGAACUUUGUGAGUGAGGAGCUGCUGAUGGGUCUGCCCUGUGGUCACGCCUUCCACCAGCAGUGCAUUGUGGUUUGGCUGGCAGCAGGCAGAAACUGCUGCCCAGUGUGUCGCUGGCCCAGCUACAAAAAGAAACAGCAGCGAGCUCCACAGAGCAGCCCUGCUAAGAACACACUACUGGACUGAUGAACAGGUGGAACUGUGUUAUCAUCACUGCUUGCAUGGGGUGAAGUUGGGACUGGGGAGGAAUUAAGAAGAAAACAUUGUUUGUUAGUGUGGUCACGGUUGCUGUUGUCAUGACCCAUCAAUCAGCUUGUUUCCAUUCCUGUUGAAGGCAAUGUGCUGGCCAUCAUGGCAGACAGAUGACACUAUGAGAGCUAAGCCACCAUGGCUUCUCAUUUACACAGUACACGUAGGUUUAGUCACAGUAAACUUUGUAGUGCAAUAAAAACAUAUUUCUAGUUGUGCUUUUUGGCCACAUUUACCAGAGAUCAGCUGUUUGAAGGGGAUGACUGACACUGAGAGUAAAGUGGAGUCUGUUUAAAGCCCCAAUCAUCCCAGAAACCAUCAGUGUGACUUAUUUCACUUGGCAAGGCUGUAGGCUACUGAAGAUAACUACACCAAACAUACAUGAACUCUUAUCUACUCUCUAUCAUGACUGAUCUCCAUGCUAUAUGUGUUUGCAUUUUGUUAGAGUAGAAGUAGAACAUUUCUGGAUAGCUGCUUUUUGGAAACUUCUUAACUGGUCAACACAUGAAAGCUGUUUCUGCCAGUACAACAGUACAGUUCAAAUGAAUGAGCUGGGUGUGUAAUAUGGUGGUAUACAUUUUACUUCUGACACACUGAUAACUCUUCAGAAUCUUCAUUUCUGCAUGACUUCAAAGAGAAUUUGCUUAAAACAGUCUUGUCAACAGUUUCUACCUGAAUUCUGCCAAAUCACAUUAUAUCACACUUUUUCUGUCCUGAAUUCUGAUGUUUCUCACCACAGCCUCCAGGUUCUAACCAACAGGAGUGAUGUACGCUGAACCACAGAGCUCUACAGGCUUCAGUCAGGAUGCCCACACUUGUACUUUAGAAACAUGCACACCACCUCUCACAUUAGAGGCUGCUUGCACACACUGAUAUGCUGCUGGAAUUGUAUGUAUUAAUAAAUAUUGGGCCUCUAGAGUUGAGAGGCUGAUGCAGAGUAGUGAUCAUCCCUCAUCCUAACCCAGCAAUGCCCAGACUGCCUUCAUCACAUUAGUAUUUAAUGUGUGACCAGAAUAGUAAACCAU